AUGCUAGUCAGAUCUCCGCAGGGGAUCUUCAGUCUGUCUUUUUCUAUUCCUGGGCAUAAGAGUUGGUCAAUGACAUUCCUGGCCAUCGACACGAGAAACGGGACGACGCCGUCACAUCGCCUUCGCCCUGGGGCGAAUAAGCAAGAGGAGCUCGUAGCCUACGCGAAGCCGACGCGAAGCCGUCCGUCCCGGGCGAUGGUGUUCUUUGUUGUCACGACGUACAAGAGAGUCAUUGAACACAGCGGCGCGGAAGAGCCUGUCGUUCAGCGACUACCAGAAAGCAGCCGUGAUAACUGUGAAAGGAUAUCAUCGCCAAUGCCGGAGCCCUCAACGGAUUUGUGUUGGACUCAUGAAGAAGUCCUUCCCGCGCCAGCCCUGUCUGAUUCAGGGGGCUUCGGGCGGCAUUUUGCGCUUUUGGACGCCUUGACCCUACAAUUCGCCAGGAACGGGAGUACUUCAUCUGACCGAAAAGCUGAACGCCAUCCUGAACACGAGCCCUGA